CUCCUCUCCCCACCAACGUCCGAGGCAGGUUUUAAGCUGUCCACAACCCAUAUUGCUUUCGCUCGAGCAUCGAUUGACGCAACUUAUUCGUCACAAUGCCCGCCGCUAUUCCUCCCAUUACCGGCAUGCUCCGCCGUGGUCUUGUCCUGGACCUGAGCACCGCUUUCGGCUUCGGUACUACCUUCGGCUACCUCUGGUGGUACGGCUACCACCUUCCCCGCGUGCGUGAGCGCGAUACCUACUACGCCCGCCUUGAGGCUGAGCGUGCUGCCCAGCGGGGUUAAAUCGAUCAACACUGAUCACCUCUCGAUCAUCUCCUUCCCGCCCGUUC